UACUCAUUACAGUAACUGCCUUCUGUACAGCUGUUCCGGUGAACUGUUAGUGUCCGGGAGAAGUCAGAGGGACCCCACCAAUCCAGGUGUCCAACCCCUGAAUCUGACUUCCCGCGGCGUGAUUGGGUCCGACGUGAUCUAGCAGGAGUGUAUCAUACAUCAGGAAUGUUGCAGGUAUUCAGGCUGAAAGGAAAUGGCUCCUUGCUAAGAACUCAGAUUUGAAGUCCCUAAUGAUGGUCUCUGAUGGAAAGAUGAUGACCUUGAAAAAGAUGAUGACUCUACGUCCCCAAAUCCUGGGUCUAUAUGAACAAGAUAAAUUACUGCAAGAUGUCCUAAAGGAAAGGGUAACUAUUCUAGAUAAAGAGAAAUUUAACCCUGAGGCUUCUCGCCAGAACUUCAGAUGUUUUCCAUACCCAGAAAAAGCUGGACCCCGUGAAGUUGUGAGCCAGCUCUGGGAACUCUGUCUUCAAUGGCUGAGGCCAGAUAUUCACACAAAAGAGCAGAUCCUGGAGCUGCUGGUGCUGGAGCAAUUCCUGACCAUCUUACCCAGUGAGACCAGAAUUUGGGUGAAGUCCCAGCAUCCAGAGAAUAUUGAGGAGGUGAUCACCCUGGUAGAAGAUUUGACCCAAAUGCUUGAGGAAGAAGCUCUAUGUUCUCAGGAUUCUGUCCUUCCCCAAGAGGGGAACAGAGAGAGAGAAGGAAUGUUGAUUGGGAUGCCAGUAACCAGAUCUCAGGCAUCAGUGACAUUCAAGGAUGUGGUUCCAGAUUUUACCUGGGAAGAGUGGACGCAAUUGAAUCCUGUUGAACAGGCUCUAUGCAGGGAAGUGCUGCUGGAGACUUACAGGAACCUACUUUUUCUUGGUCUUUCAACCUCCAAACCAGAUGUUAUCUUGAAGUUAGAGGAAGGAGAAGUACCAGGGGUCCUGGACAAUGAAGCCCGCAAAAGCAUCUGUUCAUAUUGGGAUACUGUGCCUGAAGCCAAAGAGUCAGUUACAAAAUGGGACACUUUUGUGAAAGAAUCAUCUCAGGGGGUUAUAAUGGAAAGAUCCACAAGGCCUUGCUCUUGGUACUCUGAAUUGGGAGAAUCCUUUAAGUGUUAUGAUACAUUAGUAAAGCAACAAAUCCACCAGGAGAACCUGGUAAAACAAUCAGUUGUCACACCUGAACAAACAUCAAGUAAGGAAAGAAAUUUUGAAAGAAUCGAUUUUGGGAAAAACUUCAGUCUAAGUUCAAUCCUAGUUGCACAGGACAAAGUUCCUGUAGUAAAGAGUUUCUAUAAGUGUGAUAUGUAUGGGAAAAGCUUCAAAACUGAUUCUUACCUAAUUAAAUCUUCAAGAAUCUAUGCAGGAAAGAAACCUUUUAAGUAUACUGAAUGUGGGAAAACUUUCAGCCAGAUUUCACCAUUUAAUGUUCAUCAGAAAAUUCAUUUGGACGAGAAACCUUAUAAGUGUAAUGAAUGUGGAAAAGCCUUCACCAAGCGGACAAAUCUUACUCAACAUCAAAAAAUUCAUUCUGGAGAAAAACCCUAUAAAUGUAAUGAAUGUGGGAAAACUUUUAAUAAACGGGCAAACCUUACUCAACAUCAGAAAAUUCAUUCUGGAGAGAAACCAUAUAAAUGUAAUGAAUGUGGGAAAGCCUUUUCCAUCAGAUCACACCUUACUCAACAUCAAAGAAUUCAUUCUGGAGAGAAACCCUAUACAUGUAAUGAAUGUGGGAAAGCUUUUACUCAGAAGACACAUCUUAAUAAACAUAAGCAUACUCAUAUUGGAGAAAAGCCAUUUAAGUGUACUGAAUGUGGAAAAGCCUUCAGCCUAAUUUCACAACUUAAUCUUCAUCAAAGAAUUCAUUCUGAAGAGAAUCCGUAUAAGUGUAGUGAAUGUGGGAAAGCCUUCACUGUAAGAUCACGCCUUGUUGAACAUCAAAGAAUUCAUGCUGGUGAAAAACCUUAUAAAUGUAAUGAGUGUGGGAAAGCCUUUACCAAGCGGGCAAACCUUACUCAACAUCAGCAUACUCAUAUUGGAGAGAAACCAUUUAAGUGUAAUGAAUGUUCAAAAGCUUUUAGCUAUAUUUCACAAUUUAAUCUUCAUCAAAGAAUUCAUUCUGGAGAGAAGCCAUAUAAAUGUAAUGAAUGUGGGAAAGCCUUUACCAAGCGGGCAAAUCUUAAUCAACAUCAGAAAAUUCACUCUGGAGAGAAACCCUUUAAAUGUAGUGAAUGUGGGAAAGCCUUCACUAUCAGGUCUCGACUUACUCAGCAUCAAAAAAUUCAUGCUGAAGAGAAACUUUAUGAACUAGGGAAAGUCUUUCCCACCAGGUCACCUCUUACUUAACAUCAAAGAAUUCAUAUUGUACCGUAACAUUAUUAAAAAAAAUGAUCAGAAAGACCUA